GGGCAGGCUGUAGACACUGAGACACCGUGCGGCAGGGAGUGCACCGCCACCGAGUCCCUGCCAGCUCCUGCCCGCUCCUGCCCUGACUUGGCAGACAUUUCUAUCAGCGCUAAGUGGUAAAGGAAUACCUUUCAGGAUGCCCUUGGGAGAGGAUGGGCCAAGCUGGAAGAAGAGAGCGGAAGACAUACGAGAUAUUUAUGAAUUCCGGGAUGUGUUGGGAACUGGGGCGUUUUCGGAAGUGGUCCUAGCGGAGGAGAAGAAGACCCAGAAACUAGUCGCCAUAAAAUGCAUCCCCAAGAAAGCUCUAGAGGGGAAGGAGACGAGCAUCGAGAACGAGAUAGCGGUGCUGAGGAAGGUCAAACAUGCAAACAUCGUGUCUCUGGAGGAUAUAUACGAAAACCGCAGUCACUUGUACCUCAUCAUGCAACUGGUGUCCGGGGGCGAACUCUUUGACAGGAUCGUGGAGAAGGGAUUCUACACCGAGAAAGAUGCCAGCCAGCUCAUCAAGCAGAUCUUGGACGCUGUGAAAUACCUCCAUGAUAUGGGCAUCGUACAUCGGGAUUUAAAGCCGGAGAACCUCUUAUACUACAGCCUGGAUGAAGACUCCAAAAUCAUGAUCAGCGAUUUUGGGCUAUCGAAAAUUGAAGGCUCUGGAAGCGUCAUGUCUACCGCCUGUGGGACACCGGGAUAUGUUGCUCCGGAAGUUCUGGCCCAGAAGCCGUACAGUAAAGCCGUGGACUGCUGGUCGAUCGGAGUCAUCGCAUACAUUUUGUUGUGUGGUUACCCCCCAUUCUAUGAUGAAAAUGAUGCCAAACUCUUCGAGCAGAUCCUGAAAGCGGAAUACGAGUUCGAUUCCCCAUAUUGGGACGACAUUUCAGACUCAGCAAAAGAUUUCAUACAGAAUUUGAUGGAAAAGGAUCCUAAUAAGCGGUACACGUGUGACCAGGCGCUGCAGCAUCCGUGGAUUGCGGGAGACACCGCCCUGGAUAAGAAUAUUCACGAAUCGGUCAGCGAGCAAAUCAGGAAGAAUUUUGCCAAAAGCCGAUGGAAGCAAGCCUUUAAUGCCACGGCUGUGGUACGUCACAUGCGCAAAUUACAGCUGGGGACCAGUCAGGAAGGGCCGGGGCAGACCACUCCCACCAGUCCGUGCCAUGGGAACUUAUUGGUUCCUGGAGACAAUCAUGCUCAGCUGAUCCCCUCUGAACAUCCACUAAGUUCCUAAGGCUCCCUUUCAGACAGCUGUCAAGACCGCUGUUCCCAGAAGACCCCAGAGAACAACUCCUUGGCCUACAGCACCCACCACUGCCCUCAAUCGAACCGGGUCUAAAGGUCGACAGCCUGGGAUAUGAUGUCACUGGAAAUAUCGGAGGCGGCCAUACUGAGCGUUACCCUGGUUGGCCGAACGCAAAGGGCAGAUCUUCAAGAGAGGACAGACCUUACCUAUCAAACAACGGGGGGUGGGACAUGGGUAGAGAGGGUACCGAGCGAAGGGGGGAAGGGCAGGCCUAUCGAUAUGCUUAUGUGUAUGAUGGAAGGAGCAUGGGCCUGAUGGAAAGACCGAAACGUUUACAGGUAGUCCAAGGACGUCCUUCUUGUUAAGAAAAAAAAAAUUUUUGUAAAAUGUUGCCUGCACAUUGUAUGUAGGGGGAGGGAAGUAUGUACAUUUCUAUGUCUUGAGGUGAAGACUCUUUGCUGCUGUAUUACUUGGCUUCCAGUAAAAACUCUGUCGCUACUAGGAAGAGCUUGAGGUCAUGAAAAAUCGUCGUGGUGGGGGGGGGGGGGGG